AUGAAGGCCUACGUGUUUGACAACCAGCCGGGCGACCAGCGCCUGCCGCACGACUCCGGCAAGGCGGUCGGCGUCGAAGCUCUGGAGCGCCUCGGCGUCGUCUACCACCACAUCCCCGACAUUGCCGACGUCGACAAGCUGGCCGUCGAGCGCGGCUACCGCAACCGCGACGAGAUCAAGGUGUCGCCGGCCACGAUGGGCGACAUCUACGAAGCCAAGGUCAAGAGCUUCUUUGACGAGCACCUGCACGAGGACGAGGAGAUCCGCUACGUGCGCGAUGGCGCCGGCUACUUUGAUGUGCGCGACACCACGGACGAGUGGGUGCGCAUCCGCCUCGAGAAGGACGACCUGAUUAUCCUGCCGGCCGGCAUCUACCACCGGUUCACCACGGACGAGACAAACUACACCCACGCGAUGCGUCUCUUCAAGGACGAGCCCAAGUGGACGCCGCUCAACCGCAGCGAGGAGCUGAACGACAACCAGUCCCGCCAGGGCUAUGUCAGCACGUACCUCAACUAG